AUGCAUUUAUGGGAGAAUGUCAUUGAUGUAAUAUUUGUCGAAAGACAAUAUGAGAAAGCAGACAUUGAAGUUAUGUUUGCAACAUUUGAUCAUGGUGAUAACUAUCCAUUUGAUGGACAAGGAAAUGAAUUAGCUCACGCAUUCUAUCCAGAUGACCGAAUACAUUACGGACAAACUCAUAUUAAUGAUAGCGACCCAUGGCCCAUGUGGAAGAAACUUAAAUUGGGCCUUCCUCAACAGGAAUCUUUGAUCGCAUCACACUAUCAAGGAUUCUUCGAUACAGUACCAAAACUAUCCCCCACUGAUAUUUCUGCUAUACAAUCACUGUAUGGUUCGUUGCAACCCAGAUUUCUAAACAUUCAUGCAAGUGAAAAAAUUGGCAGAAAAAACUUUUUAAUUGCAGUGGAAUCAGCAAGUUUUGGCAUUAGUUUGCUCGGAAUACAAUAA